CUCUAUACCCGAACGGGGAGAAACGAACCAAGCAAUCAUCAUCGCCAUCCUCCUCGUCAUCCCGUGAAUGUCCCCUCGACGCUCUCUUCCCCGCCAGUAAUUCAGUGAUCGCAUUUCCUGGGAUUCGCUCCCCACCCUUUCAAGAUGAAUAGGUUUCGCUUUGGCGACUCCGACGAGUCUGCAUCCGACCUGGACGAUGAUACCUCCGGCCUGCCAUUCCCUGAGCCCCUCUCACGAGCCUCGUUUCUAGCUCCCGACUUCGACCCCGCGACCUACCUAUCCUCCCUCACCAAUCGACACCAGAGUCUUGAAGACCUGCGCCAGGAGCUGCGCGAUUUGGACCAACUACUCAGUCGGGAACUCCUCGACCUGGUUAACGAAAACUACCAGGACUUUCUAUCCCUCGGGAGCGCACUACACGGCGGAGAGGAGAAAGUCGAGCAGGUGCGAGUCGGGUUGUUGACAUUCCAACGCGAUGUCCAGUCAAUACGGGAUAACGUUGAGGCCAGGCAACAAGAGAUGGAGGAGCUGCUGAAGGAGAAGAAGCGCCUGAAGACACAAGCCAACAUCGGACAGGCCUUGUUGGACUAUGCGGAUCGGGUGGAGGAGCUGGAGAAGAAGUUGAUGAUCGGAGACACCCCUCGACAACCUCACGACGGCUCCCCUGACGGGUCUGAUUCGGAUUCCGAUCUGCUGGAGAGCGCAAGCGAAGACAGCGACGAGGAAGAGCUCCCGAAUGGUGCAUCUACAACCUCUCUGGUUUCCCUGAAGACCCUCGAGCAUCAUAUUCAGAAAUAUGUCUACCUGACGAGGCUCUCGUCCCGGAUCGGUGAUGAGCAUCCGUUCUUGAAGAGUCAACAACCCAGAAUCGCGAAGAUCCGAUCGGCCGUGCUCCUGGACUUGAAGACGGCCCUGGAACAGGCAAGCCAUGCAGGCGACAAGCGGGAUACGAAAACGCUGGCCGUAUUACGUCUCUACAAGCUCAUGGGAGAGGACACCACCGCGGUGUCGGCUCUCAAAAACAUGAAGGCCUAGGUGUCUGUGCCUUUUGCAUAGCGUUGGCGUUGGGAGACUUUCUUUGCUGGUUCCGAGUGAGAUAUGAAACAAUACCAUUAUACACCGUAU